GGCCCUAAUCCUCCCCUGCUCACCGUAGAAGAAUUCCCCCCAUUCUCAGUUCUGCUACCACCACCCAAAUCCCUCCUGAGAUCGCCGCGCCUCCGGUGGACGCCGCCGCCGACGCCGGCGGCGCCUCCCCUCCGCCGUGUGGUCUGACGCGCCGCCCCUCGUCCUCUCCACCUCCAUCGGCGCGCAAGGGCUCUCCGCCCGUUGCCUCCGUCUACCUUCCACCCGAUCCGCACGCCCUGGACCCCGAAAGCCCUAAUUGCCCCAACCCUGACCCAACCCCGUCGCUCGUCUUCCUCCUCGAGCGAGCGCCGCCACCCCAUCCCGCUGCCGAGCGCCCCAGCACCCUCGCUCCGUCGCUCGUCUUCCUCCUCGCGCGAGCGCCUCCACCGCAGACUGGCGGGAUCACUGUGUGAUGCCCUUUUGGUGGACUAUCUUCAUUUGAUCUUGAUUGCUGACCUGCUCUUCUAUUGUCGUCAUAAUGUCAGGCUUGCUGAAUUCAAAUCUUAACAGUUCCACAUCGAAUCUCCCAGACUCAACCGGACGACCAUUUACAGGAUCCUUUUCUGGCCAUUCUGGAUCAGUUCAAGGUUUCCAUCACUCUGGUCUGCACAACAUUCAUGGAAAUUUCAGUCUUCCAAAUAUGCCUGGAUCACUACCACAAAGGAAUGCUGCAAUGAGUGGCCUUCCGUCCUCCGGGGUUCAACAACCUGGGGGGAGCAUUUCAGGGAGAUUUGCUUCUAACAACCUUCCAGUUGCCAUGUCUCAGAUUCCUCAUGCGCAUUCAGGUGUCAGUGGUAGAGCAAUGAAUGUUGGUGGAGGUCAAGCAUUUAGUAGUGGAAUGAAUAUUGGUGGUACCAUUCAAGGGUUAUCCUCGAACUUGGGCAGCAGUGGAAAUCGGAAUUCCGUUCCUGGCAUGUCAGUAUCUCCAGCUUUAGGAAACUUGGGUCCUCGUAUCACAAGUUCCGUGGGAAACAUUGUGGGCGGAAGUAAUAUGGGAAGAAAUAUAAGCUCUGGUGGAUUGUCAGCGCCGAGUAUUGCGUCACGUAUCAAUUUUAGUGGCAAUGCUGGAAGUGGAAGUCUUAAUGUCCAAGGAUCCAACAGGAUGAUGAAUGGCCUUCUUCCGCAAGGAUCAUCUCAAUUGAUUAAUAUGAUUGGAAGUUCAUAUCCAACAUCUGGAGGUACAUUAUCCCAGAACCAAAUGCAACCAGGAAAUCAUUCUCUAGGUUCUAUGGGCAUGCUACAUGAUACCGGUGACAAUGCUCCAUUUGACAUCAAUGAUUUCCCCCAAUUGACUGGUCGACCUAGUUCUGCUGGUGGUCCACAAGGACAAUAUGGAUCGCUACGGAAGCAAGGAGUUGGUGUUAACACCAUUGUCCAACAAAACCAGGAAUUCAGCAUUCAAAAUGAAGAUUUCCCGGCUUUGCCAGGAUUUAAAGGUGGCAGUUCAGAUUAUGGUAUGGAAUUACAUCACAAGGAACAACUUCACGAGAAUGUACCUGUAAUGCCAGCACAACAAUAUCCUAUGUCAAGGUCAGUUGGUUUUAAUCUAGGAAGUGCCUACCCACCAAAUCGUCAGCAACAUCAGCAGGGUGCUAAUUCAGUUCAGAAUGCCGGGCCCCAAAAUAUUGGGCUAAGACCGCUAAACUCUGUCGGUCAAACUUCUAGUUUGGGAUCAUAUGAGCAACUGCUGCAGCAAUACCAGCAGCCUCAGGCUCAAAGUCCUUUCAGGUUGCAGCAGAUGUCUUCAGCCCCACAGUCAUUUAGGGAUCCGAGUCUGAAGAUCAUUCAGGGGGGCCAAAUACCACCUGAUCCAUAUGGGCUACUAGGAUUGCUGGGAGUUAUCAGGAUGAAUGAUGCUGACUUGGCAUCUCUUGCUUUAGGAAUGGAUUUGACAUCAUUGGGAUUAGAUCUCAACUCACAAGACAAUCUGUACAAGACAUUUGGCUCUCCAUGGUCAAAUGAACCAGCAAAAGGAGAUCCUGAUUUUCAUAAUCCAGCUUGUUACUUAGCUGAGCAACCUCCGCCACUACAGCCCAUAAAUUUUAAGAGGUUUCAUAUAGCAACACUGUUUUACAUAUUCUAUAGCAUGCCGAAGGAUGAAGCUCAGAUAUAUGCUGCCAACGAACUAUAUAACCGAGGAUGGUUUUACUAUAAAGAACCGCGGCUAUGGCUCAUAAGAAUUGCUAACAUGGAGCCUCUUGUCAAAACUGCUAGUUAUGAACGGGGUUCGUAUAUGUGCUUUGAUCUGAACAGCUGGGAUGCAGUCCGUAAGGAUAACUUUGUUCUCCAUUAUGAGCUUGUAGAGAAAAGACCAGCUCUACCUUCUUCAUACCAAACUGUUAGGUGAAAAAUUUCUGGGUACCUCCUGACUCUAGCUUUGUUGGACGUGAAUGAGAAGCCUUCUUUAUGUUUAUAAACAUAGUGCCAUUGCCCUAAUUUGUUAAGGCCAGGGAGAGUCGGAAGCUAGGUCACGCCAAUAUGCUGAGAGGAGGAGGCUGCAGAACAGAAGUCUGGAAUGUACUGUUAUUAUAGCCCUUGUAAUUAUAGUACAACAGCGACAGCAUUGCAAUUUACCUUCCAUCACCGGGAGUUUGAACUCCCUGUAACACUACUCCCUUACAGACAUUUUAGGAGUAAUUCUCUGCAUGUUCACUUGGUUGAUCUUGCGCCAAGAUGUGAAAAGUGAUGCAAUCUGUGUACCAAGUAUCAGGUGGCACCGCCAACUGUGGUGCCACUGUGCGCCUGUAAAACAAUAGAGUGUGCGCAGUUGGUAGCUAAUGCUAUUUGGCUGUUACUUUCAUCUUUGGUUGGUUAACUGUGA